AUGAAAAGCGCAGAAUAUAUAAAAGCUAACAAUGACUGGUUAGAUGCCCAAGCCAACGCCAAAGCAGCCCAACUUAUAGGGUCAAUAAGGACAAAAAUACAAGCGGAUGAAGACAGUUCAAAUGAAGCUUUAACAAAUGCUGACUUUAAGAACGCCUUCGAAGCUCUUCAUAGUAAGGUGAAACUAGUGAACGACUUCUCAUCUGGAAAGAAAAUGAAGUCUGAAGGUUUCGACAACGAGUUAAAAGAAGUAGCACAAAAUAUGACGAAAAUAACAGAUGCAGCAACGAGACAGGCAGUUCAAAGUGCCUAUGACGCCGUUAGAGCAACUGUUGUGGAAAGUCAAGAAAAAGAGUUACAACAGACCAAAACAGACCUAGUAAAUGCUUUCUUAAAAACGAAAAGUCAGGUAGGACAUUACGCUGCAGAUGGAACAUAUGUGCCAGCUGGUGGAACAUAUAUACCAGCUGGUGGAACUUAUAUACUAGCUAGUGGAACCUAUAUACCACCAAACCCUCCAAGAGAAGCACCUGCACCAGGACUACCUAAAACAUUUACAUCGUCACAUGGACACAGACACAAGCAUGCACCAAAACCAACACAACAACCAACAGUUCAAAAUCCAGCACAACAACAACAACCAGCACAACAACCACCUCCACAACCAGCACAACAACCAACAGUUCAAAACACUGCACAACAACAACCACAAACAGAGCAAGGACAUAAAAGAAGUAGAGAACAAGGAAACCAAGAAUUCUUAAAAAUGCUUAAAGAAGACUAUGGUUACCCAGAUACUCUUGACUUUAGUGACAGAUAUAAAGAAGCUAUUAGAAAGUUCAAGGAAGGAAAUACUGACCCGAACCUAUUUAGCUUUAUGGCUCAGCACCAAAUGGGAUAUAAUUUCAAACCUGGAAAAUACAAGCUCGCUAAGGGAUAUGAUUUAAUAGCAUAUCAUCCAAAUGACAUGAACGAAUUUACUCCGAGAUAUUUGGUGUCAGAGCUAAAUGACAAUUCAACUCUCUUCAUGAAACGCGUAAAAAAUAGAGACGGAACGAAAGAAGAAAG